AUGGAUGACGAUUAUAUGAGCUUUGAGGAAGAUGAGGAUGACUAUGAUUGCUUCGAUGAUGAUCGUUCAUAUCAAGAGGAUUAUUACGAGGAGCCAGACCUGCAAGGCGUGUCCUCCAAAAAGCCAACGUGCCAAAUCAUCACGAUGGAAUCUCUUGUAGCGGCGCAGAAGGAAGUGUUGGUUACGGUUAUGGAAUACUUAUCGGUCAAGGAGAGUCAAGCUAGGACACUUCUUAUUCAUUACCAGUGGAACGUUGAUAAACUGUUUGCUGUCUAUAUCGACAGAGGCAAAGAUAGUUUGUUCAAAAGUGCUGGUCUCACUGUCUUUGAUCAUCCUUCUUUGAGUAACUCGAGGCAGAAUAUGGCUUGUGGUAUCUGCAUGGAAGAUGAUUUACCAAGUCAUGCGAUGACGAGAAUGGAGUGUGGUCACUUCUUUUGCAAUGAUUGUUGGAAAGAGCAUUUUACUAUCAAGAUCAACGAAGGUCAGAGCAAAAGGAUCGCAUGUAUGGCUCAUAAAUGCAAUGCGAUAUGCGAUGAAGAUGUUGUUAGGAAGCUAGUUUGUCCGGAGAUAGCUGAGAAGUUUGAUCGUUUCCUCGUUGAGUCAUACGUAGAUGAUAACAAACUGGUCAAGUGGUGUCCAAGCACACCACACUGCGGCAACGCGAUAAGAAAAGUGGAUGACGAAGGUGGCCAGGUUGAAUGCUAUUGUGGUCAUCAGUUCUGUUUCACCUGUCUUAGUGAGUCGCACUCUCCUUGCUCUUGCUUAAUGUGGAAGCUAUGGACAAAGAAGUGUGAAGCUGAGUCUGAGAGUGUUACUUGGCUAACUAUUCACACGAGGAUGUGUCCCAAAUGCAGCAAACCUGUUCACAAGAGUGUUGGAUGUAACCUCGUGACUUGUAUUUGUGGCCAGCAUUUUUGUUGGUUGUGUGGUGGAGCUACUGGAUUGGCACAUGACUGGAACAGCAUCGCGGGUCAUAGUUGUGGUAAAUACAAAGAAGACAAAGUGAGGCAAAAGGAGAGAGCAAAACGGGACUUAGACAGGUACGCACAUUAUCUUCACCAAUACAAAUCACACACCGAUUCAUCAAAGCAAGAGGACAAGCUUAGAGAGUUUGUCCGUGAGAAGGCAGCCUUGGUGACAUUAAAGACUAAAGAUUCAGCGUUUAAAGACAUGGACUGGGCAAUAAAUGGAGCCGACCUGUUAUUCAGAUCAAGAAGAAUACUUUCGUAUUCUUACCCUUUCGCCUUUUACAUGUUUGGUGAAGAGCUGUUUCAAGAUGAGAUGAGUGAUGAAGAUAGAGAGAUAAAGAAGAAUCUGUUUGAAAAUCAGCAGCAGGAACUUACUGGUAAUAUUGAGACACUUUCCAAGUUACUAGACGUGCCUUUUGAUGAGUAUAGUUCUGAUGAGUUAGAGAAGAUGAGAUGUCAGACCAGAGAUAUUGGUCUUGUGGUUGAUAAAGUCUGCAAAUUGAUGUAUGAGUGCAUUGAGGAUGACUUGUUGGGUACAGCUCAAGAUGGAAGGAACCACAUCAUUGCACCUUACAGAUCAGAGGGGAUAGAGAAAGCAGUUGAGUUUUUGUGCUGA